CGACUUUCUGUUGAAUCUCCAUGUUUUUCUGCAAAAGCAAGACAGGGGAUGUGUAAAUGCGCAGAAACAUAUGUUCGACCUUGAAUCGGAAAGCCACUACCGUCACAAGAAUAUUGGGUGUGCAUUUUGUUGGCGCUACAUUCUGCCUACGCGCUACUUUAGGAUGGCAGGCAAUGCUUUGAAAAGACUCAUGGCAGAGUACAAACAAUUAACAGUCAACCCACCAGAGGGUAUUGUUGCUGGACCAGUGGAUGAAAGGAAUUUUUUUGAGUGGGAAGCAUUAAUUGCUGGACCAGAGGGUACUCCAUUUGAAGGUGGUGUUUUCGCUGUACGUUUGAACUUCCCAUCAGAUUAUCCUUUGUCUCCACCAAAAAUGCAGUUUCUAACUGAAGUGUUCCAUCCAAAUAUCUAUCCAGAUGGACGUGUAUGCAUUUCCAUACUUCAUGCUCCUGGUGAUGAUCCAAUGGGUUAUGAAAGUUCCGUUGAACGUUGGAGUCCAGUUCAAUCAGUAGAAAAAAUUUUAUUAUCUGUUGUUAGUAUGCUUGCAGGUAAUUGAUUUUAAUCAUUAAAAUGAAUUAAAUCCAAUUUUUAAAUUUUUCGUUUUUUCUUGUUAUCUGCAAAUCAUUGUCUUGUUUAGAAAACUACUCAAAAACCAUAGAUUUUGACUAAAUAACUAUCUCAUUUUUUAUUAAAAUCACAAGCCGAUCAAUGUUAGAUCACCACUAGAGACCUGAAAGCACUGAACGGCCAUCUCGUCCUAUUGUGGAACUCCUCAGCAGUGCGCAGCCAUGACUCUGCACUCGGGGACCGAAACCUUCGGUUUCGUUCGAACCCCUGGAUCAUCGAGUUAGACUCAUUUUAAUCAGAUGGUUUUUACCAUACUAUUUUAAAUUGUCAUCAUCAGUAAUUUGGUAGGUAGGAGAAAGAAGCGUUUUCCGAUGUGAUUACAUUGUAAGUUUGUUAAAAUAAUAAUCCAUUGAAUACUAAUGUUUAAUAAUUUGUAGAUAACUCUGGAAAAUACCAAUGUUAGUCAUACUGACAAACAAACAACUGUUAAUGAGAUCAAAUUAUCAAUGUAACUCACCACAACUCUCUCAUUGAAUGAAUUGUCAUUAAAAGAAAGCCAGCUAGGAUAAUAGAUUUUUGUUUAAUUUUGUAAAAUGAUAUACUGCCAUGUAAAGUAGUGAAUACAAGAGAUUAUAAAUAAUGAGCUGUCAAUGGGAUCAUUAAACAAUCGGCGGCCGGGAAAAAGGUGCAGAAAUACAAAUUCUGUAAAUUAUUCAUUCACGCUUAUGAAAUCGAGACAACUGUUAGACUUAAUUCCUACCCCUUAUCAUAUUUACAGUUUCUUAUAAGUUAAUAUUUUGUAGACUGUAUAAUAAUAAAUUUACUGAAUAGUUUUUUUUGGGGGUAGGCAUCAAAAUUCAGUUCGUAAUGGAAGUAAUCAAUCAUUUUAUCUAAUGGAAUUAUUAUUAUUAUUGUUCGAAAGAUAAGAUAAGAUCAACACCUGAACUAAGGAUAGGGAGUGAGGUAGUCGAACGCGUUGACAACUUCACUUAUCUUGGAAGUUUGAUCAGCCCUAAUGGGUUGGUGUCUGACGAAAUCUCAGCACGGAUUCGAAAAGCUCGUUUGGCUUUUGCCAACUUACGUCACCUAUGGCGAAGAUGAGAUAUCCGUCUAUCAAUUAAGGGACGAGUAUACUGCGCAGCAGUUCGUUCUGUUCUACUUUACGGCUGUGAAACAUGGCCAUUAAGAGUAGAAGAUACUCGUAAGUUACUUGUAUUUGACCACAGAUGCCUUAGAAAUAUUGCACGCAUCUGCUGGGAUCACCGGGUAAGUAAUAGUGAGGUUAGACUCAGGGUAUUAGGGAACGAUGGUAAAUCAGUUGAUGAGCGAUGAAUCUUCAUCGACUGAGAUGGUUGGGCCAUGUGUUACGUAUGCCUGAACACCGAUUACCACGACGCGCUAUGAUGACUAGUGUAGGGGUUUGUUGGAAGAGAGUUAGGGGCGGCCAAACCAAAACAUGGCAUCAGUGUUUGAAGUCACUAACUUCUAGUCUGAGCCAUGUUGGCAGAUGCAGACUACCUGGUUGGGGUCCGCGUGACUAUCGUAAUUAAUGGUUGGAGACUCUGUGUGACAUGGCUCAGAAUCGAUCACAAUGGCGUAGGUGUAUACACUCUUUAUCUUCCUUUAAACCUUGAGACUAAAAUUGCUUCAUAUCUCUCCUCCUUCCUGUACUAUAUCCUUAUAUGCAACCUAUAAUUUAUAUACUACUACCACCACUAAAUUAAUUACUUCUAUGAACCCGGUGUUCAUCUUGUUGUGCUAACGAGGUAUCGCAACUUGGACCGAUGCAUAAAUAUGCGUGGUCCUACGUUGUAGCUGACUGACUGACUGACUGAUAAAUAACAUUGAAAACAGUGCUUCCGGUUUGUACCUUACAUCCAGUAUCUGUUCGUUAGGGAUGCUUUCCGAUCCAGACUAACUGUAUCAAUUAAAUAAUCUAGUUGCAAGUUCAAGCUAGAGGAUUGUUUUUCCGAAUUAAUUCGUCUAUCUCAGAUGUGAUUUACAUGUUGCUUACAUCACGUCACCGACUCUUACGAUGACACCCGCUUUCCACGUAGUUCCCCAUUGUUGUAAGUUUCUUACGUACACUGGCAACGCAUUAAGAAACUGACGUUCAAUUCUCUUCUCCUUGGGUCUAUAAUCUCGUUUUCUUUUUUGUGGAUGCAUGAUAUCAAAUGAAGUCCAAAUCUUCCUUCAACAGGGAGGACAAACUUAGGUGAGGCUGGAUUCUGGGUUAUUACUGAUGAUUUUCUUGGUCGUAUCAUCUCCUUGUAAUUAUUCUGAAAAUCAUGAGAAAAUUUCUGUCCCCAUUUGCGCAUUAUAUAGAGAGACGAAUAUACUCGGUUGCAAAUAAGGUUGGAUGACUGGUCGAACAUUUUUAAAUCUGGGUUACAAAUAAGAUUAAAUGGGUAAUCGAACAUUUUCAAUUCUGUGAUCUAGUCAAGUCCCAAUAAAUUGAAGUGUUCAUUAUUUGCAUAGCAUUUUGAUUUGAUUGUUAGAUCAUGAAAUUUGACAGUAUGUUUGAUGAUUCCGGAAAUGUGAAUGUAGUCAGUAGUAGGAUGAAUGCUUGGCCUACCAAGUUUGUGCCAAGUUUUCCGAGAAAUCAAAGUAACAUUGAAUGCAGUGUCCAACUGCAGAGUGAUAAUAUGAUGAUAAUGGAUGAUGGAUAAAUACUUUCGUAAGCAUUGAGGGUUACAGAUGGUCAAACCAUUUUCUUGAAAAUUCGGUUGGAUCAAAAACAAAUAAAAGGUUGUGAACCCCUUAUACUCACAUUCUCAGUUUAUUACUGACUAGGUUAGGUAAUUGAAUUAUUACUUUACUGCUGUUCGACCUUUCAUUAUUAUGAAACUUAAGACAAGAUUAUUGAUAAUAAAAGUUUUCUUGGUUUCAUUGAAGAUGGAAGUUAGCGCUGAUCUUCACAUAAUUAAUUUCUAAUGUUUAAAGAAUGCUAAUUACAAUCAUAAGUUAGUUUUAGGAUCUUGAACUCGAAUUUACAUUGCAAUUUUUAUUGGUUACAAAUCAGUUCCAUAGGAACUAGUGGAUUUUUGCACUUAACGAUUAUCAAUCUACUAUACAAUUUUCCAGCAAUUAACGUAAAUAGUUUUCUCAGUACAGGUCUAUAAGUUCAGCCUUAAGACCCAAUUCGUUUUAGUAUAAGGGGUAAUGGUGCUACUCGAUGUGGUUCAGACCUGCGACCUAACAAUGAAAGGUUUUUUUCUCGUCUUCAUCGUUAAAUGACGCGCGUUUCGACUAAUAGAUAGAAGGUUCAAACUCCUUACUUGUGUUAGUCUAAGCAGUUGAAUUGUGUCACUAACCUCAUCACCCUCGUAAAGAGUGUACUUGGUAAAUAAUUCACAUUAUAACUUGGCUUAAAAUCAUCCUUAUUUCUUGGUUUUCUCUAAACUAAUUGAUACUUUUUAGAACCGAAUGAUGAGAGUGCAGCUAAUGUGGAUGCAGCAAAAACAUGGCGUGAAGAUAAAGCACGUUUCAAUAGUCUAGCACUUCGAAGUGUACGUAUUAGUUUGGGUAUUUCGGCGGAAUGAGAUACUAUCAAAACUAAAGGAGAAUAACAAUAAAACAAUAGAAACUAAUCAUAUCUUUCAAUUUUUUGUAACAUUUAUCUUUCACUUAUUAUGUAGUUUCUUCAAAAUAAUUCUUAUUUUGCAAUUAUCAUUUCUUUUUUGGUUAUUAUUAUUAAUAUCUUUUCAUUUUCUGAUCAAGUAAGUCAUGAACAAUCUUAUAAAUUCCAUGAUUUUGCUUAAAUAACUGAUUGUGAUGAAAGCCACUCCUUCAAGGAAUAAGAAAAUAGACAAACAAAAUAAAUUAACUGAAGUUUAAAUCGUAAAAAAAAGAAUAAAGUUGACUAAUUUUAAUGUGAUCAAAAUUAAAAUAUACAUGAUGAUGAUUUUAAUGACAUGACUAUUUGGCCGAAGUGAUUUUCUUUGUCUGAGACUUACUUGUGUAUAUUGUUUGGCUUGGGAAAUAUAAUAAUUAUAUUCGGGGAGAAUGGUGUUAAAGAUAUUUGUAUGAUUGUUAGUGCUAUAAGAUGUGAACAUUGUGUAAAUUGUCCAUGUUAAAAGGGGCUUCCUUUCUAUCAAGCUCUGUAAGGUUUAGCAAUGCAAAAUACCUACAGCCAAUCGUCUUUUUGUAUAAAUGGAAAAUCGUUUUCGAAUUAGUUUGGUAUAAAUAAAAAUUUCAUGGUUGUUAAAAACGCUGUUUAGUGCUACUGCUGAUUUGUCUUGUUGAUUUUAUGUUUCUAAAUGAUUAUCUAGAGGUCUCUUUGUUUAACUUAGAUGUCAUCUGACACAAGUCAUGAUUUAACGUCAAGACUACAAUAUAUAAUACAUAACAAUCCAUAAUCCUAUGUCGAACUGGUAAGAAUUCUAACUUUUAUUUGAACUAAGACAUUCAGAAAUGUUGGUAGAAUGCUUUUAUUCUAUGUGAUUUAAUGAUUCGUUGUGGUUCGUCUGUUGUGGCAUGAACAUAUGGUAGAACUGCAGUAACAACCCAUGAUAUUUCAUUGAGUUUACUAUUGUACAGCAAACAACAAUAUUUUGUUUUGUUGUACUCUUAGUAAUAUUCAGGACAAAGUUAUUAAGCUGUAGUUUGCUAGUUGUGUUUCUUCUCAGCUGAUGUUAUGGUUACAGUCGCGCAUCUGAAUAAAUUUAGAGCGAAAGAAAUAUUUGCAUUGAGUGGGUAUGCUGAGUUGAAAUCAAAGUGAUUGUUCGAGUGUGUCGGCUUGCGAUAGGUGGUUAUUUUGAAACUUCCAGUUAGAGACACUGAGAAAAAAUGACUUGUCGAUUUUGGUUUGUUUGAGUGAUCACUUCGUUUCCAACACCAUCGUCGGUUUUGCUGCUAAGUAAGUAGCUUUCAACGCGGAAUAAUUUUUGUGGUUAAUUAUUCCAGUAAUUUCAUCUCCUUUGAAGCGUAAGUAUAAGAAGUAAGUUUUCUUUUCCACUCUAUCAUACAUUACUUGAAGGUUGGUGUUUACAUAUUUAUUGAUAACCUGUUUUUGCAUGUAUGUAUAUACAUAUAUAUUUAUAUAUCAUUGAUAACCUUUGGUCAUUCCAAUCCUGAAACAAUAUUUGUUCUUGCUUUAUUUAAAAUAAUAGUAAUUGCUUC